UGUUAAUUUACGUUAACGCCUAUUUGCUAUUUAGAGUUUUUUUGGUAACAAUUUGUAAAUAUUCGUCUUUUAAAACCUUAUGGAGGACGAUAUACUUAAUUUCCUAAAAGAAAAUGAAUCCGGAUUGCCGCAAGCAGCACAAACUGCCGUCUCAAAGUUGACUCCCAACUGCGAUGAAUUCAAGUUUUAUAAAUAUGUCUACACUGUUCUGCAUCAUAUUACUGUGAAUUUAGAAAAUGAAAAAGAUGAUCAAAAGUUCUUUACAUUAUAUGAUGUUUGUGUGAAAUGUCUCGAAUAUGUUGUUGAUAAUUGGAAUGAUGAACAAGACAUACCAAACUGUGGAAUCGAAAAACUCUCCUACCAGCUUAUAAAGCAAGCAGAUUCAAAAUUCACAUCACAAGCUGUAGACAUUCUUCUCAACAAACUUGAACAAAUUCUCACAAUUUUGCUUCAGCUUGUACAAAGUAAACCCACUAAUAAUAAUGAGGUGUUAAAAUACAUCUACAACAAAGUUAGAAGCUUGGAGGUAAAAUUAUCAACAUGUAAUUGCCAUGAAGUGGAAUGUACAGCGGUAAAAUUUGCCCGUUGCAAACUGUUUGCUCUCGUUCUUUAUUCUGCUGCUGGCAAUGGAAUAACUACACCUAUGCUGGUCCAGUAUCUGAUAAACCUAGCUGUUGCUGGCCGAGUUGAAAAAACUAAAUGCAGAUGCCAUUUGUUCAACAUUUCCAAGGUUUUGUUAUUGGCGCUGGACUACACAGCGUGCUUACCAGCGAAAACUGUCGUUAAACCACUAGUUAAUAUGAUAUCUAUGUUCGCGGCGCUGCAAGGCAUGAACAGUGGUGAAAAUAAGAAAUGUACAAAACAUGAAAAAGUCGAUUUAAGCCAAGUUUUGGAAGAUUUUUAUAAAACUGCUCAAGAGAUUGGAAAGUGCCGGUUUGAAUUAAAAGAAGAUGAAACAGAACAGCUUAGUAAGUUGUUGAGCAAGGUUUUAAACGAGAUUUUAAAGUUUAUUGAAAAGAAGAAAACUGAUUCUACAAUGAAAGUAUGUACCUACAACCUACACACAAAUUUAUUUAAUAAAUGGUCUACAAUUUUGCCGCUUGCCCUGAAACUUGCUGUCUGUGAUGUCUUUUAUGUUAAUGAGAUUCCGGACCCCAAUGUAGUGAUGACGUCAUUAUUUUUAUUUUAUCACCGGAUUCACUCAUCAUCACGGUACCGUGAAGAGAUGAUACCCCUCGUGAGUGAAUUAGUUAGACAAGCAUGUGAAACACUCACAGGGCUGGAGACAUCGAAACUUGAAUAUUGCUUACAAUGUAUUAUGAGCAUAUGCAUCACUGCAUUCAACUCCAAAGUUCAAAGUCACAUUUUAUUAUGCAUUCCAUUGAAUAAAUUGCAUUACCAGAUAUGCAUGAAACGUACACAAGUUAUACAAGUCAAAACAAUUUUAAUAAACAGAUGUACUUUGUUUAAAAUGCUGCAACGCGUUGGGAAAAACAAGAGAGCCAUGAAUGAGAUGGCCCUGUUUGUCUCGGGAAAUCCCCUAGAUGAGGAAUCAGCGUCAGAAAUAAUGGAACAAUGGGUGCGCUGUAAGAUGGCGUUAUUUGCCGAUAAAAAAGGCAAUGAGAUUUCUAUUGAGUCGUCUACCAUCGACGAUUAUAUACCCAACAACGACACAAAUUUAAGAAUUAAGUUACUCAGAAACGAGUUACAUCACACAAAGGGAUUAAGACAAAAUCCACCAACGUUUCAAUACCAUGUUCUAAACAAGAUAAUUGACGUUUGUGAUGUCACAAGCAAUGAUUGUUGGCUUGAAAAAUCUAUGCUCUGUGUACUUUUACAUGCAUGGCCGGGCAAAUUUGAAAAUGCAAGAGAAAUAUUAAAUCUUGCAUUGGAUUGUGCAUCAAGCUCAAACUGGGAAGCAAAAGUGAUCGGUAACUUUAUAACUUACUUAUCCACGUGGGAAAAUUCACUCGCUAAAGUUUGGAUAGACAAAGAAAAAUUUGUGUCCGGUUGCGAAAAUUCCAACCAAGCAAUUGACUGGUUUCCUUCUGUAUAUCCGUCCUCACAUAGAUAUCUUAUAUCGAUUAUUGAAGCUUGUGAAAAUAGGAAAGGCGAUGAUGUCACAAUGGAUUUAAUUGAUGAUGUCAUAAUAGCGAUUCGAUGCAGUGUAUCCAUGCUUCAAAUAUCGGGAGAGACCAUUCUGUCUCUUAAACUGCUAUACCACCUUGACCGCAUUCUACACUGUAUAUCUGACAAGGACGCAACGUUUAAUACACAAUACACUUCUCACUGGGUGGCAGUAAAGAGCCAGAUUUCGGAAAUUUUGAGCAAAAUUGGUAUGAUUGAGGAAUCAAUGCGUUUUGCUAAAGAAGCAGAAAAAUUAGUGAACGAUUUUGCGAAGUAUAUUGAAACUGAAGGAACUGAAAAGUCGCGAAAACUUUUUAAUCAAAUUAACAUUGAGUCCAAGUCGGCUAUGGUACAAGCAUUGGUCUGUAAUGAUGAGUCGGCAGAAGCUCGCAAUUUGCUUUGUGGCAUCACAAAGGAUGAGUUCAUUGAUGCAGAACACCGUCGGACAUCCCAUACUUCAUCACUAGUUGGGGCUAAAGUUGACACCCUUAUCGCUGACCUAGGCUCGUCAGGAUGGUCACUAGAGGCGCACCACGCCCUCGUACAAGCUACCACUGCGCUGGAGAUAGUUUACUUAAUGCUUAAACAGACUUGCCCUGGUGUUUGUAAUUUAAGAUUCUUUGAAGUGAAUCCUGCAUCUUCUGAUCCUCCGAGAUUCGGAUCAAAGUCCUCGGAUGUUGGGGUUGACAUCCUUCGACAGCUGCUUCUCCUAAACCUCCUCUUCCACUUGCUCCACCUAGUGGCUGAGUUGUGGUUACGAGCGGGGGAGUUACGAUCAUCCAUUUCUUACAUCACAGACGGCCUUAUGCUCUCAAGGACCUUGCUUUUACAUGAGCGUGAACUUCAGUUUCAAGUUCUUCUGACAAAACACGCUCGAAUGAAGCGCGAUGUUGCCAAACUUAACGAAGAACUUCAUAUUUCCAAUGAUGCGAUCCAGUAUCUGGCAUCACUGGAAACGAGCGCUCCGAGAAAAAGAGGACGACUCUUUUCCUCCAUCAAAGAAGAGGACACAGAAGCAGAUGCGGUGAACAAUAGCAGCAUCAUGGAGGACAUAGAGGUCUCGGAAGACGAAGAGGACAAUUUCGGGGUUAAAUCUGCUCCGAUCAACGUCGCGGCAGUUGUCAUAAAAAACAACGACCCAAUGGCAAGCCCAAAGUUUCAGCGGCGCCACAAAACCAAAACAACCCCAAUAAAAUCCCCCUUUACCCAUAAAGAUGGCUGUUCUUGUGGUUUUUGUUCAAAUCUUUUAGUUUUCAAUCAACAAGUGGAACUUCUGAUGUUGUCAGCUCAAUUUCUGGAGGAUAGCCAAAGAAAUCAGGAAGUUUUUACUUUUCUAGAAACUUCUUUACUUCCAGAACGAUGUGUUCAGUUAUCAGAUGCAUUAUACAAAAGCAUUGGUGCAAGAGCUCCUAAAGGCAAAUCAGGAAAUUUGCUUCCAAUUUUCCAAACCAAGCUCCUUCAGAUGCAAAACAUACAAAGUGAAACCUAUUUUAAUUUAAAUGACAUGAAAUCUGCACUUAAAGAUUGCCAAGUUACAUCAAUGCAACAAAACACAAAUACUAUUUACACAGGAAAUACAAUUGCAAAGACAAAUUUAUUGCGUGGUCUCGCGUUAUUUCCUUCUGUCCAAAAACCUCACGUCAAAACUUCAUUAUUUUUAAACAACGUCAUCGAUGCUCUUGGAAGAAAAGAAGAGAAAGAAGAAAAUAUCCUCUCGGAGAUCCAGAAUCUCUGUCUGAGAGACAAAUCCCCAAAACCAAAUCGGGGUCAAAUCGUGACCCAAAAGGUCGUGACCCCCAUUAAAGCCGCUAAAUCAAUACGUGCCAUCUCGCAGCUAGAGUUCGUGACCCCAGCAAGAACCAUAAAGCAGCCCCGCCCAGCAACAAGCGUGAAAAAAACCCCCCGGGUAAAAAUACCAAAGACCCCAGCUACAAAAUCCAUUCGAAAACCUCAGUCCACUAAAAAAAUUACAAAAUCGAAAACUGGUUUCGAUAUUUUUGAGGAAGACGUCCCGACCGUGUCGUUAAGUGUAAAGAAAGAACCAAAUAAGAAAUCUAAAAUGCCAGUUCCUGACCUACCACCAACUCAUGACGUGAAACCAAAAUCUUCACGAAGAGUCGUGUUCGAAUCAUCUAGUGAUGAAAGUUUUCAUAUCAUGGACACAAUAACUGAACAGGCCCCUCCAUCACGAGUUCAGCCCCGUCGUCGAGCUAAAUCACGAAACAUCAUGACCUCACGCCGUGAAGCAAGGAUGAAAUAUCGUGAGGAGGAAGGAGAGGUUUAUACCGAUGAAGAUCCAGAGGAUGAAAGACCUACAAGAAGAACAAAGACGACCAAGAUAAGAAUUCAUGAUGAAUCACAAGAUGAAAGACUUGAUGACGUCGAACUAAUAAGGGAAAGAACCGUUGGGGAAACCCCUGUCCAACCAUUACGACAACCUAUCUAUGACAUCACAAUGGCGAAUAAUGACAAUUGUUCUGAACAAGAAUCGGAAUAUUAUUUGAACGAGGCUUUUAAACUCGCGACAAAUACAGGGAAUUUUGAAAUUGCCAAAACUUCUUCUAAAAUUUUGGCCUGGCAUCAUUAUCGUAACGGGGACCACUGGGGGGCAGCAGCGAGUCAUCUUUUAUCGAUCGGCGUCACUUUUCGUUCGAUAGCCUGCAGUGUUGCGCACGCCAGAGUGAGAAUGAUGGAUCGAGCAAAGAAAAAAAGAUCUGGAAACACUGAAGCAGAACCAACUGAAACAAAAGUCCGAGAAGCUUUGGUGGAUAUGGCUGAGUGCACACACCCCAGUCAUGUGAUUUCGUGCUCGAACGAGCCGGAAAACUACAUCAAACGAAUCUCGGAAAAGCUGCCUACUGAUUGGUCGAUUUGUGCAAUCUCAUUGGUGGAGAAAAACAAACAUUUUGAACUUUUGAUGACCAGGAUCAGGAAAGGGGAAUCCCCACUUUAUAUACAAACUGAUGGUAAUGAGGCAAAAAAAACGAUUGACGUACAUAAUUUAUGGUCCGAGCAAAAUGUGAAUGGAAUGAAAACAACCGAUCGUGUUUUGUGGUGGACACAACGUCGCAAUUCACAAAAAAACUCUUCAAACAAUUAUAACUAAUAUGGAGAAAAAGGUUCUCUCCGUGUAUUGUGGUUUCCUGUUGGGCAAGUUGUUAGACCAAAGUCAACAAAACAAACUUAAUCAAUCUGUUGUUGUUGUCGUUGACGUCUUGAAAUCAAUCCGUCAACAUAAAUCAACAAUCAAUAGCCUACUCAUUGAGGUUUAUCUCUCUUGUUGGUGUUUAUUUACUGAGUGUGAAAAAGUCAGUGUUGCCUGCAGUUUUUUGGA